UCUCCUGGCUGUCAAAGAAGAGUUGUAUCACCGUUCUCAGUUUACGCCCUGGCGCUGUUAUCAUCAAUUAAACAUAGAAAUCAGACCAGCAUCAAUGGCGUUCCGGAAGGCCUUGAAAGGGACAGCUAUCAUCGGGACUGGGGCGGCCGCUGCUCUUCUGGGCCUGUCACAACUGUCGGAAUACAGAAAGACGCAGAAUAAAUGGGCACGGCUGGCGUAUGUAGCGGCGGAGGGGGAGUUACAGCAGCCGUUUAAAGAUGAGCUCCCAACCAGACAGGCUCAGCUCUCCACCCUGCAAGACACUGAGGAGUUUGACGUCCUUGUCGUAGGGGGAGGGGCCACAGGCUCCGGAUGUGCCUUAGACGCUGUCACACGCAACCUUAAGACUGCCCUGGUGGAGAGGAAUGAUUUCUCAUCGGGGACCAGCAGCCGCAGCACCAAGCUCAUCCACGGGGGAGUACGUUACCUCCAAAAGGCCAUCAUGAAAUUAGAUUACGAACAGUACAUGAUGGUGAAAGAGGCUCUCCACGAGCGCUCCAACCUGCUAGAAAUCGCCCCUCAUCUGUCUGCCCCACUACCCAUCAUGCUCCCUGUUUACAAAUGGUGGCAGCUGCCGUACUACUGGGCUGGUAUUAAGAUGUACGACCUGGUGGCUGGAGGCCAGUGUCUGAAGAGCAGCUAUGUGCUCAGUAAGAACAAGGCCCUGGAACUCUUCCCCAUGCUGAAGAAAGACAAGCUGGUAGGAGCCAUCGUCUACUAUGAUGGACAGCAUAAUGAUGCUCGUAUGAACCUGGCGAUCGCCCUGACAGCAGCCAGACAUGGUGCUGCCAUCGCUAACUACACAGAGGUGGUCCACCUGCUGAAGAAGACAGACGCAGUGACGGGCAAGGAGAAGGUCUGUGGGGCGCGCUGCAGGGACGUUAUUACAGGAAAUGAAUUUGACGUCAGAGCCAAAUGUGUCAUCAACGCCACGGGACCGUUCACUGACUCUCUGAGGAAAAUGGACGACGGGAAAAACACUAAUAUCUGCCAGCCCAGUGCUGGGGUUCACAUAGUUAUCCCUGGUUAUUACAGUCCUGACAACAUGGGUCUCCUGGAUCCGGCAACCAGCGACGGCCGUGUCAUCUUCUUCCUGCCCUGGGAGAAGAUGACCAUCGCCGGGACAACGGACACGCCCACUGACGUCACCGCCCAUCCCAUCCCCAGGGAGGAAGACAUCAACUUCAUCCUGAACGAAGUCCGCAAUUACCUCAGCCCUGAUGUAGAGGUGAGGAGAGGAGACGUCCUGGCAGCAUGGAGUGGUAUCCGUCCUCUGGUCACUGACCCCAACUCUAAAGACACCCAGUCCAUCUGCAGGAACCACAUAGUCAACGUCAGCGACAGCGGCCUGGUCACCAUUGCAGGUGGGAAGUGGACAACAUACCGCUCCAUGGCGGAGGAGACCCUGGACGCAGCGGUUGCAGCCCACAGGCUGGGGGGCGGGCCCAGUAAGACAGUGGGUCUGGUGCUGGAGGGGGGCCAAGACUGGACCCCCACCUUGUACAUCCGACUGGUGCAGGACUACGGCCUGGAGAAUGAGGUUGCCCAGCACCUGGCAGCGACGUACGGGGGGAAGGCAUUCGACGUGGCCAAGAUGGCGCGGGUCACUGGGAAGAGGUGGCCCAUCGUAGGGAAGAGACUGGUCUCUGAAUUCCCUUACAUUGAGAGUGAGGUGAGGUAUGCCAUUAAGGAGUAUGCUUGUACAGCCAUCGAUGUGAUCGCCAGGCGCACACGGCUGGGUUUCCUCAACGUGCAGGCUGCUGAUGAGGCACUGCCACGCAUCGUAGAGAUCAUGGGAAAGAUGCUGGACUGGAGUGAUGAAAAGAGGACGGAGGAGCUGGAAGCUGCUAAGAAGUUCCUGUACCUUGAGAUGGGCUACAGGUCCCGCUCUGAGCAGCUGACCGGGACCUCAGAGAUCACACUGGACACACAGGAAGUGGCAAGGUACACAAACCGGUUCCACAAGUUUGACAAAGACAGUAAAGGCUUCAUCACCACAGUGGACGUUCAGAGGGUCUUACAGAACAUCAGUGUUCAGAUUGAUGAGAACGCUCUCCAUGAAAUCCUCAACGAAGUGGACCUCAACAAGAAUGGACAGGUGGAGCUGAAUGAGUUUUUACAGCUGAUGAGUGCUGUGAAGAAGGGCCAGGUGUCUGACAGCAGGUUGGCCAUCCUCAUGAAGACAGCUGAGGAGAGCCUGGACCUGAGGGCACCUGUGUCUGUGGACCGCAGUGGAGGAGGGGUGUGAGGGGAACCCAUCCGCACCGUACCACCACACCGUACCACUACACCGUACCACCACAACGUACCACUACACCGUACCACCACCACUACACCGUACCACCACAACGUACCACUACACCGUACCACCACACUAACCAGAGCUGUGGUACUAAGGAUGACAGGGAUGGCAGGGAUGGAUGGAAGGGAUGCCAAGAAGAAGACUGCCUGGACCUGGUGUCAUUAUGGUUCAACGUUGCAGUGAGAUGGAGAAGUCAUAGGGUGAUAAGUAUUGUAAACAACAAGAGUACAAAUUAGAUUUUUAUCCUCAUUUAAAGAUUAAUAUGUGUCAUCCCUAAGUGUUUUAUUGUGAAGUUGAGGCUAGAUAAGGGCGGCAGAUAGCCUAGCGGUUAAGAGCGUUGGGCCAGUAACCGAAAGGUCAGUGUGCCCUUGAGCAAGGCACUUUAC